AAGCCUCCCCUGUCCCCGGAUUGGGUACAAAACGACGAAGUGAGCGCCCGGGACGAUGAGGAAAGGGAACAGACCCCGGCCUAUGAUUACUGGAAAGGAGGUGUGGGCGCUUUUGGCAGUUGGUUAUCAGCGCAAACAAAAGCUCGGUCAGCCUCACAGAGACGCCUCACGCGGGGUCAUGUCAACGCCCCACCUGCUUCUCUGUCAUCCAAUCAGUCGUUGACAGCUCAGAAUCGAGCCUCAUCGAGCAAGUUGGCGGACCAUCAAGCUUCGGACGAGCAGCUCUGCUGGGGCCUGCCCUCAGUUAAGCAGGAACCUAGCACAGAAUAUGCGCUCUUUCCCCAGCUUCACGCAGGCAACGAUCAUGACCAGACUGUUUUUCAACGCCCACGUCGGCAAACCACGCCCUCCAUGGCUGUCACGCCUCGGGACAACCAUGGGUCGUCGGCGGGCUCUCGAUUUGAGUGUUCGCUAUGUCCCAAGACGUUCCCUCGACCGUGUGAUUUGAAAAAGCACACAAAGUUUCAUGAACGGCCUGUCAAGUGUCCUUAUGAAGACUGCGCAUUUCAUGAGCGUGGCUUCUCCAACGAGAAGGAGCUAGACCGUCACAUCAACGACAGGCAUACAGAAUCACCACAAAUGUACUCAUGUAGCCACCCUGGCUGUAACCACAAGUCCAAACGGGAGUCGAACCUGAGGCAGCACGAAAAGAAGAAACACAACAUAGAUCACCAACGAAAUCGGUCUUCGGGAUCCUAUGUUAUUUGGCUGAACAACUCCAUGGAAGAUGUUGUACCCUUUACACCAGCCACGACUUUGGUCGCCUCCCGCAACUUGGCUGCCGUUCCAAAGACAGAACACCCGAAGCCCCUGGCCUUCCCAUUGCUCCGAUCACCAGACCACAAUGAAAAUCUCAACUUUGCACUGUCCAGACUCCAUCAGCUUGCAAUACCCGAGCAUGGUGUCACGCCAGUUCAAGGUCAGACAGUAAAUUCUGCACAGGGCAGAGAAUUGUGGAAUCUUGCCGAGGCGAUACCGUCGGGCCCACCAUCUGUCGACUCAACAAACUAUUCUGGGUCCUGCGCUGUCCAGGGAAAAGGCGCUUCAUCUACAGACAGGAAUACGGCUCGGACACGAAAGCGAAAACGAGGCAAUGGCAACGCUCCGGAACUCUUGGGCACUGGCACCUCUCAUGCUUUUGAUGCGGGGGAUGGUGAUGAUGAAAGCGUCAACGGUCCCGCUGGAGACUCUGAAUACGAUCCAUAUGAUGGUCACAGAAGCCCAAGCUUGCCCUCCACAGAGUUUAAUAACUCUUCCCAGCUGCAGUGCCCCUUUAAGCAUGUAAACCCCCAGAUCUAUACGGGCUCGAGGGAAUCAAGGUACAAGCAAUGCGACGUCAAACGCGGGCCCAUAUCACAGAUAACGCGACACUUGACAAGGAGGCACGGCUUGAGUGUAGUAGACAACUGCAUCUCGUCAUUUGACGCUCCGGAAUUCGACGGCGUCCAUCAUCCCUCUGCCAGCCUCUGUAAAAACUGCUGGAAGCCCUUCAGCGUCCGGGCCGAGUCUGAAAGCCAUUUCUCUCGCAAGUGCCCUCCAGAGGCUCGAAAAGCCCUCAGCCGCCUAGAAAAGUUCAGGCUUCUCUGCGACACCUUUUGUACAAUCGUGCCUGCAGCAAGUAGCUCAUCCAGUCACUCAGCGGCAGCUCAACGGCGCGCACACCAACCUAGACGGCCGAGCAUGCUUUCCCACGUCAGUUCUGCUCCGGCCCACGACUACUUUCACGACCCACAGAAUACGUCUUACGACGGCAGUCAAGUUGCGGAGCUGCAGGCACGGAUCGCAAGCAUUGACCAGCGUAUUGAUGAGCUCGACUUUGAGAAAUCCGAGCUAUUGAGGAAGGUCCAGGAGCUGACGCAGGUGGUAGGAGCGCCGCAAGGCCCUCUGAACACCUUUGAGAGUCAAACGAACUCGCAAGCAACAGAGAGGGAUGUCCUUGUUGGCGGUAUGGACCGUCCAACUGAGGAAGGCUCAUAUUUUGCCAACUUUCCAGACGAUGCCGAGCAAACACUUACAUCGUAUGAUGGCGAUAUGAGUAUGUUUGAUGAUACCAUACUGGGUGGGCUAUUACUUGAGAACACAUAG